AUGGCGGAACAAAAACCCAUCAAGCUCAACCCUCCGACCAAGUACAGCCCAUCCACCAAGAACUCUCCUCCUGUAGACCCUCCCACUCUCGAUUGGAUUACGACGACAUGGUCCGUUACGCACUCAACACUCUCCAUGUGGCGCGAUGCCCGUAACGUGCGCAUCACAUACAAAAUGCUCCCAGGAACCUCAGAUGGCCGCCCUCGCAUCGACGACCUCGUCGAGUAUGAGCCCCUAUCCAAGGAUGGCACCCUCAAGACCGUUGAGGGCGUCGAUACCCAGGCUUCUUCUAUCGGCUGGGACUGGCGUGGCAAGGGGUGGCUGUCCAUUGUCCACACUCACUGGGAGCUACUGGGCUGGGGCGAAGUUGUCACUGCAGAGGGCGUGAAGGAGAGGUGGGCAGUUACUUGGUUUGCACCAACGAUAUUUACCAAGGAGGGAGUUGACAUUUACUGUGAUCGAAAAGAGGGUUUGAGUGAAGCGACUUACGCAAGGGUUUUGGAGGCUUUGAAAGGAUCCGAGUCCAAGAAGGUUGCUGAGUUGGUUGAGACCCAUAUGCAGCCUGUUGAGAUCAGACUACCUUGGGUUGAGAACUGA